GAAAUUCCGCAGCGGGCCCUUGCCCGACAGCUUCUGCAGGCAGAGUGAAGAGCUGCUUAAAGACAAAGAUGUUGGCUGUUUUCUUAUCAGAUUAAGUGACAGAACAAUUGGUUACAUUCUGUCAUAUAGAGGAAAAGAUCGAUGUCGGCAUUUCGUCAUUAAUCACCUACGGAAUGGACAUUAUGUAGUAUCAGGGGAUACCUGUACCCAUGAAAGCCUUGCACAGCUGAUAGGCUAUUACCAGACUUCAGAAAUCGAGCCUUUUGGAGAAAAUCUUACAACAGUUUGUGCUCAGCCAAUUGAGAACAGUUUAUAUGAUGAGAUCGCUUUGGAUCAGCAAACCUCUUCAAAGCAAAGUAAAUCAAACAGUGGAGAAGUCAAUCCCUUGCUGAUAAGGCAAGCGUCUGGCAGCUCACAAACCACUGUGCUAAUGAAGGAAGCCACCUCUCUACCUCCAAAGUCAAAGAAAGAGCACAAGAACUUAUCAGGAGAAAGAAAGAACUUUAACUCCCAGGAUCCAGACAUAGCCCCACCACUGCCGGAUAGGAGCAGCUUGCUUAUGCAGGAGACAUUCAAGCAAGAUUUAAAUGAUCAAGGAAACAUUGUAUAUGCAGAGCUGAACAAACACCAUAUGAAUGGCAGAGGCCUUAGUUUGGAGACCCACUCUGCUACUGACAAAAUCCUCAUUGAGAAAUCAGGCUGUUUAUCACAAGGUGACACCCAGCAAAAACCAGGAGAACCAGACCAAGCAAACUACUCUCCUAGCAAAAAAAUCAGCUCGGUGUAUGCUUUGGCUAAGCAAGCCGAACGUUUUUAUGACAAAAAAAUUGAUCUUAUAAAACCAUCGCCUACAGAAACUGUUUAUUCUGAAGUUAAGCUCGAGCAAGGCAAAAGCAAUUCCUCACUUCCUUGGGGUCAAAGGGUCCAUUCCCUAUCCCUUUGUCCAUCAACUUCUGCAGACACAAAGAAGUUGACAUUAAGUACUCCUGCUACAACACCCCCUAAGUUGUCUCCGAAGUUACCCAUUAAAGGUAGGACCUCUGUGGAGUCCCAAGAUUCAAAACAGCUAUUUGCAACCUAUGCAACCUCCCUCCAAAGCAAUGAAGAGCUUAGAAAACCAAACAACAAGAUCCUUUAUGAUUCAUCGACACAUAGCACAUAUGGGCAGAUUGAGAAAGUGAAAGCUUGUAAGCCUUUUGCUUCUGGCUCUGAUAAUGGAAACAAUACUUAUGAACAGAUUCCUGUCGGACGGCCAAUGUCAUCUACCCAUGAUCAAGCUUCUGAGUCUUCUCUAGUACAACCCAAUGAUACUUAUGAUGAGGUGUCUUUGAACACAAGAUCCUCCAGAACAGAGAACUGUACUGAAAAUACAUAUGAAAAGAUCCCUGAAAAUUUCCAGAAAGGCUCAUCUGCAAAGCAAAUUCCUGCUCCUGAUAACACGUAUGAGCAAAUUCCUCUAGACCUUGUGAAGGGAGCAGAAGCAAAACCAAACCAGAAGAUGGACAAGCGAAGAAGAUUUUUUUUUGCUGACAAGAAGAAUAAAUCAUGAAGGAGAGUUUUAAAUUUGUUCCAUUUAGCCUAGACUAAAGAUCAUAGAAAAACAUG